AUGAAUUCGUAUCCAUCACGAAACCCGUUGCUAUCUGCUACCAAAGCAAGCAAGGACGCAGGCUUGCCUACGUCUAAUGCUCAUUGGUUCCAUUCCUAUUGCCCUGUUCCAAAGACCACAGGCAUUGAUCUUUCAAAAGACCCUCAAGCAGAUCCUGAUGAAAGCGUAAUGGUGUCGCAAGAUCUUUUGUUUCAUCCUCCUACCAGAGAAUCCAAAAAUGAUAUGAAAACUGUGAAACAGAAAUCCACGAAUCAGUCUCCUUCGAAAGCUCUGAAGCCAAAACCGCCAAGGAAGAAACGCUCUGCAUCCAGUAAGUCAAAGCAAACACCAAGCAUUCCCGAAACAAAGCGCGAGAAAAAGAAUCCUGACAUCAACAUCGACAUCUCAAGCUUUGAUGUUUCCGGGGUUCCACCUCCGGUCUGUUCAUGUACAGGCGUUCCAAAGGUUUGCUACAAAUGGGGCAUGGGCGGUUGGCAAUCCUCGUGCUGUACCAUUGACAUAUCGACAUACCCUCUUCCCAUGAGCACCACAAGACCCAAAGCUCGUCUUGCUGGAAGAAAAAUGAGCAAUGGUGCUUAUGUCAAGCUCCUUAUGAGGCUCGCUGGCGAAGGCAAUGACCUUUCUCACCCUGUUGACCUUAAGAACCACUGGGCCAGGCAUGGGACUAACAAGUUUGUGACCAUUAAGUAG